AUGGAAUCGGGCGUGGAGAGCUCCGACUUUAACAUUCCAGUGCCUCAUGCGACCUUGAGAAUAGUACUCACUCCGCCUCGUGAGUCUGAUGGAGCUGCCGUCAUCCGUGGUCUCAACGAUCCCAAGGUGUAUAUGAACCUGAACGGUCCGCCCUAUCCUUACACGGAGAGAGAUAGGGACGAAUGGUAUACCAAGGUAUCCCGCGAGUGGAAGCAAAACUGUGCAGAGUUGAACGCCAUCCGGGAACGCGAGCAGGCAAGUCCCAGCGCUGGGGAAAUCGGGACUCCGUCCGACUGGUCGCAGAGGCCAUGGCUCGGCGGACACUGGACCUCGCCUAUCCGACAUAUCGAGGAGUCAGAGACAGGUAUCAUUGAGAAGUUUAUUGGCGAUAUUGGCGUGGAGAGGGAGAGCUUUUUGUACAUUGUAGAUGCAGAGGAAAAAGAGCGGCGGAAAGCAGAGAACGACAAGCUGGAAGCUGGCGAUCCGAACAUUUCUUGGGAAAUCGGAUUCUGGCUCAUACCCGAAUAUCAAGGCCGGGGGAUUAUGCCGGCCGCCCUGCAAAAACUGAUGGCUGAAAUUAUCAUUCCACACAUGAAUGCUCACACGGUGGUCGGAACACACUUCGAACACAACCUUGCCAGCAGAAAGGUGUUUGAGAAGUGUGGAUUCUCUUUUGAGACUUUGGUGCCAAAUGCCGUCACAAUCAACCCUGCUAAGAUAGGAGGCGUCGAGGGGCAAAAGGUGGGGGUAGGGGUGCUGAAGUGGCAGCGCAACUUCGCAGACUGA